AUGGCUUUUGAUUUGAAGCAAGCAAACGAAGAGACGCAAUUUGAAAAUACAGAAGAUACUAGUCUACUCGUCAUCGUCCUGGACACUAACCCAGGUCAAAAAAUCCUGCGUGACAAUCCACAUAUCCUUACACAAUGCGUCGACUCUGUGAUUGCCUUCGCCAAUACUCAUCUAAUGCAAAAAUCGCAGAACAAACUUGCUGUAAUGGCUUGCCAUUCGAAAAUCAGCGAGUUUAUCUAUCCGGGCACCAGCAAGCAGUUGGAUGUGAGGCAGAUUGAUGGUCAGUAUGAGGUGUUCACUCUGGUCGAGAAAACAGUGAAACAAAAUCUUGCAAAAAUCUUAACCACCGAGACACCUUCAACCAUCAUCACUGAAUCGCUGCUUGCUGGUGCUAUUGCAAUGGCAUUGUGUUAUAUUGCUAGGAUACACAGGACCAAGCCACCUGGAUGCAAAAUAAACAGUCGAAUACUGGUUGUAACAGGCAGUGGUGAUUCUGCUUCACAAUACAUGAAUUAUAUGAAUGUAUUCUUCACUGCGCAGAAACAGAAUGUUGUGAUUGAUGUGUGUGCACUCGAUCAACAUUUGAGUCUUUUGCAGCAGGGUUGUGAUAUUACAGGUGGAUUAUACUUGAAAGUUCCUCAGAUUCAAGGGCUUUUACAGUAUUUAUUGUGGGUUUUUCUGCCUGAGCCGCCUAUACGUCAGAAAUUAGUUUUGCCUCCGCCUGUGAAGGUGGAUUAUCGCGCAGCUUGUUUCUGUCAUCGAGAAUUGAUUGAUAUUGGGUUUGUUUGUUCAGUUUGCUUGUCAAUUUUCUGUAAGUUUAGUCCAAUUUGCACAACAUGCCAUACUGUUUUCAAGAUUCCUGGACCUCUCGCCAGCAAAACAAAGAAGAAGAAGGUGAAAUUAUAAUAUGUAAUGUUAGUUUAAAUUGCGUUUAUCAAAUCUUCUGCAUUAGCUGCAGAAUCCUCCCAAUCAAUAUAAAUAUGUACUUUUGUGCUGCCCCCAGUUACAACAGCGAAUUCUGUCGCGGCAUAGUUUAAGAAACCUACCCCAUAAACAGGUCCAUCUUCAUUGAAUAUUGUUUGCAUUGGUGUUACCUACAUAAACACAAAACAAACAUAAAAAUUCAAACAAUAA